CUGACCUCCCUGGGCCGGCACUCUCGACCGUUUCCGGAUGGGACUGGGCUGCUCCCCUGGGAGCGUGGCCGGCGAUGGAGGGGGCGAAGCCGACCAGGCUUGAGGCUCGGAAAUCGAGGUCGAGGGUCCCCGGAGUCGAGUGGGGCUGAGUGCACUGGGGCGGCCGCGCCGGAGCCGGUUCCGCGGAAGCUCAGGCGGGCGGGGCGAAGGGCUCCGGGACCCCGGUCUCAGACCCUUCCCCGCUCUCUGGCCAUUUUUCUCCCUCUGGGCCUGGCGAGACGCCGCCUGACUCCGGCGGGGUCGCUGACUGAGCGGGGUCGUCCCUUCCUUGGCCCUGGCGCUCCCCGGCGACCUCUGAGUGAGUGAAGCCGGGGCAGUGCCCAGGAGGUGGUUGGAAGCAGCGUCUUGACCCCACGCCUCCGCCGGGAGCCUCCUGAGUCCUCGGGAGCCUCUGCUGCUAAUGACUGCCCAGGGAUUCUUUGGCCAUCGUCGAGAAUUUUAUGGCCAUCUCGCGUUGGCACACUUAAGUGGCUGUGUGGGGACCUUGGACAAAUCGCUCAACUUGCCUGGCUUCUCAUUUGCAAAAUAGGAGGUAUUCAUUAGAUCUCCAAGCCUCUCUUCAGCUUUAAAGUCUAAGAUUCUGUGAUUGUGCUGUUUGUUGAGGUUUUACGCCAUAAAGGUGUUACGCGUGAUAACCUGAUGGAAGUAGGCAGACUCCUCAUAGAACAUUGCAGGUUAAUGACAAAACUUGAAAUGAUUUCGUUUCGUUCUUUACUCACUGUUUUCGUUAUCAUUCAUGUUUUUAAAUUGAAUGGAACUGGAAAUUCGGGUUUAGCUGACCAACCACAGUGAGAAAAUGUUAGUGAAGCCACUUAAAAGUCCAAACUUGGAGAGUCUCAAUGUUUGGUAAUAUUGAAUCUUAAUUAGUCAAUUCAGGUCAACGAACACUUGCGGAGUAUUUCUGAGAACAUAUUUAAAAUAUAGAUGAAUUUGUUGGAGAGAAUCGAUAGUUAAGACUUUGCAUAUGCAGUUAAUUGGCAUUUUCUGAGUUUGCAGGUGAAAUCGGAAACUCAGACUUUUAGGAUGACUUCUCGUUGUAUGGUCGAGUUUCUGGAGGCGAGGAAAUCUCAUUUGUAAAGCUGAGGAAGACUUUCACUAGCUUUCCAAGACUCUCUUUAGCUGUAAAAGUCUUAAGAAUCUGUAGUAGUCCUGAAUAUUGAGUGGGCAUUUUUGCUGAUAAGGAUCUAGGGGACCCCUGAGAUAAACAUUUCCUACUUUAGAUGUGGAAAAUGGCCCCAGAUCCAGCCCAUCUCUAGUUUAGUCUUUAUCUUCAGGCUCCAGACUGAAAGGAGGAACACUCAUGGAGGAGAGGCCUGCAUAACUGAAGGAAAGGUUAAGAAAAUGAAGGGAGCAGUUCGAUUCUUUCCAUCCUUGAAUAAGGAUGGAGAAACUGUGGAUGUCUGGAGCAUGUGCUGCAGGUACUAGACGACACGUAUCUUAACUGGGUUGCUCUGAGGACUAAUGCCUAAACCAUCUCAGCAUGGCCUAUAGAGGAGGAGACGGGCAUGGCCAGCCUCCCUCAGCUGUGCUCUCCCGUGUUAGCCCUGGAAGUCUUUCCACAUGUAGAACCCAUACCCAUAAUAUAUGCAUGGUGUCGGACUUUUUCUAUCCGAAUAUGGGAGGUGUGGAAAGCCACAUUUACCAGCUCUCUCAGUGCCUGAUUGAAAGAGGGCACAAGGUCAUAAUUGUCACCCAUGCUUAUGGAAACCGAAAAGGCAUCCGUUACCUCACUAAUGGCCUCAAAGUCUAUUACUUGCCUCUGAAAGUCAUGUACAACCAAUCUACAGCCACGACCCUCUUUCACAGUCUGCCAUUGCUCAGGUACAUAUUUGUUCGGGAGAGAGUCACGAUAAUCCAUUCACAUAGUUCUUUUUCUGCCAUGGCCCAUGAUGCCCUCUUCCACGCCAAGACAAUGGGGCUCCAGACAGUCUUCACGGACCAUUCCCUUUUUGGAUUUGCAGAUGUCAGCUCGGUGCUUACAAACAAGCUUCUAACUGUGUCUCUUUGUGAUACAAACCACAUAAUUUGUGUCUCUUAUACUAGUAAGGAAAACACUGUGCUAAGAGCAGCACUGAAUCCUGAAAUAGUGUCCGUCAUUCCUAAUGCUGUAGAUCCUACUGACUUCACUCCAGACCCAUUUAGAAGGCAUGAUAGUAUAAUAACUAUUGUUGUUGUCAGCAGACUUGUUUACAGAAAAGGGACCGAUUUGCUUAGUGGUAUAAUACCUGAACUCUGUCAGAAAUAUCCAGAUUUAAAUUUCAUAAUUGGAGGAGAGGGACCAAAGAGAAUCAUUUUGGAGGAAGUACGAGAAAGAUACCAGCUACAUGACAGAGUGCGUCUCUUGGGAGCCUUAGAACACAAGGAUGUUAGAAAUGUCUUAGUUCAAGGACAUAUUUUUCUUAAUACUUCCCUUACUGAAGCAUUCUGCAUGGCAAUUGUGGAAGCAGCCAGUUGUGGUUUACAGGUUGUAAGUACCAGGGUAGGUGGAAUUCCUGAAGUACUUCCAGAAAAUCUUAUUAUUUUAUGUGAGCCUUCUGUAAAAUCUUUGUGUGAAGGAUUGGAAAAAGCUAUUUCCCAACUGAAGUCAGGAGCAUUGCUGGCUCCAGAAGAUAUCCAUAACAUUGUAAAGACUUUUUACACCUGGAGGAAUGUUGCGGAGAGAACUGAAAAAGUAUAUGAGCGUGUGGCAGAAGAAGCUGUGUUACCGAUGGACAAACGACUGGACAGACUCAUCUCUCACUGCGGCCCAGUGACAGGCUGCAUUUUUGCUUUGUUGGCUGUGUUCAACUUUCUCUUCCUCGUUUUACUGAGAUGGAUGACUCCAGAUUCCAUCAUCGAUGUUGCAAUAGAUGCCACAGGGCCAAAGAGUGCCUGGACUCAUCAACACUCUUACAGUAGAAAAGGGAGCAACAACAAUGAGAUGUCUAAAACCAGGUAGAAGAGAGCCUGGAUUGUCAGAUUUUAAACAUUUGUAAUAGUUCUGUUAAGACUAUUGAAAUUAACUCUACUUUUUUUUCUUUUUUUUUUAAAGUUAAUUUAGUAAGUUAUGCUACCUCUAUAUCAUUCAAUGUUUUAUUUUGAGGAAAGAUAAAAACUUAUGCAAUUCCUGAGUGUAGAAACUCCUUGCACUUAUUUAAAAUUUAGGAGAACAUUUAAGCCACUCAGGUAUGAAAUUUUUCAGACUACUGAAAUCCCUCUAGCAGAGAUGUUUUAACAUUAUAUUUUGGGAGCUUUGGGUGCUGAAGGGCCAAAUGUUUUCUGGGCAUUUUUUGGCCGAUUUUAAAUGUUCUACCAUUAAUUAGACAUUCACCAGAUGUUUACAAAUUUUCUUUAGGAAAGUACAACAACUACGUGAACGAUUUUAAGUCAUGUUCAUACACAUUUAUUAGACAUUUAAGUCAUGUUCUUAAAACAUUUAUUGGGUAUACUCAGUAAAUGUUACAUAUAAUCAGCAGGUUCCUUGAAUAAAAUGGUCCAUCAGUUACUAGCAUGUUUUAAGCACCUACUGCGUGUAGAACAUUGAACUAGAUCCUUCCUACCAUUAAGGACCAGGGGCACAUUUGCUCUUUGUCUAUCACUCAAAUGGUUCACUUCAUUGUAGUCAUAGUUGACAUAAAAUGGUAAAAUAUCCAACAUGCCAAAAAUGCUCAUGCUUUUAAUGCCAGGAAAAAGUUGCCGGCAUAUUCCAAGUACUUCUUUGAUCCUCUUGUAUGCAUUCUCCUAGGUACAGCCUUCGUCUUCAGUUGUGUUUAUGAAAGUACUCUUUGCUUUUGAAAUACUAGGGACCGAUAUCACUGUUGACGAUAGUGCAGAGAAACCCUCCACAUCUUUCAGUACAUAAUUUAGUCCUCUGUAAAGGCCUUCGUGUUUUCCGAGCAGAAUGUACGAGGUGUGCCAUCUCAAAAUCAGCUGCUACCCUAUACCUUUGAUAGAAGUCACUUCCCUUCACUUGUGGCCUAGCUGUCUGAUAAGUAUUGUCAGUGUGCAAAAGUCUUUACCCCAGAAUGUUUUAUUUAUAGCAAACUGAGUCUGAAAAUUUUAGAGAGAUAGUCUCUUUGUGGAUGGAUGUUGUUACCUGUAAUUGUUGUUGCCCAGAGCCAUGGGUUUUUAAACCCCACUUAUCCACAUGGUGUGUCUUACUAAUUCUUUGAACUCCUUAGAAUAAGUUUUUGUGAUAAAGGACUGUGAAAUCAAAAGAAUGAGGCACUUGUGGGUGCACUAGAUAGAUUCCAGCAGUAUUGUGAUUCUGUACAGGAUUUUUUUUUUAAUGACAACAUUCACAAAACUUCUUUUUAAAAAGUAUCUUAAUAUGCCUGUUAACGGUUGCCACUGAUAUAUAAGAAAUAUAUUUGUGUUUUGUACUAAAACACAAAUGCAAGAGUGCAAUUUUUAAAAUCUAGAAGUUAGGGGUUCUUUUGUUAAAGAAAAAUGGACUGACCCAAACCAUUAAAUCUUAUUGGGAUUUUUAUGCAUAGAAACUAACUUAUUUAAAUAUGAAAUAAACAGUGCCAGUAUUCAUGAUAAGGUGAGAAACUAUAAGAUUUGGUUUUAUUUGUUCUCUUCAGCAAUUAUUCAGCAAUUUUUAAAGGAAUACUACUGUUUUUUCUUAUAUUUUUGUUUCUUAGCAUUAUUUCACAAUCAUCAUUUAAUUAUUAAAUUGUCAUUAUUUCAGAUGGAAAUAAGAUUUAAAGUUCUUGCAUGUAAAAUAUGUAAUUUACAAAUUUAAAUUAUUUUCCUUUUUUUUAAACAAAUGGAAGUAAAUUUGCUUGUUCUGGUAAAUCUUAAUUUUCAGGCUUCCAGGAUACCUUAAUUGUAACUGUCAGUGUUGCACUGGUCAAUAUGUGGAAACAUAUUGUUCUAUCCUGCUACUUACAUUUAUUUGAAAGUGAACUUGCAGUGAUGAGGAAUUUAUGAAAAAGAUACUGUAUUUCUUUUGCUGUUACAAAAAGUAGCACAUGUAAAACUGAUCUAUGAAAACAUGCUAUAUGUCCAAAAAUAAAGACCAAAAUGACAUUUUGA